AUGGAAUUCCCUCAGCUAGGCCAACAUUGUUCGGCUAAAACAUGUAAUAAACUAGACUUUCUGCCGAUGAAAUGUGACGCAUGCAAUGCUAUUUUGUGUAAAGAUCAUAUAAAAUAUGAUGAACAUCAAUGUUCGUCAGCAUAUCGUAAAAAUGUUCAAAUUCCCGUCUGUCCGCUCUGCAAUCAACAUGUUCCAUACGAAUAUCGAGAUCAAUCGCCAGAUCGUGCUGUCUCUGCUCAUAUAGAUCGUGAUUGUCAAUCACGUAAACGUGAAAAAGUCUAUGCGAACAAAUGUUCUGUUGCAUCAUGUAAACAACGUGAAGCUAUUCCAGUUAAUUGCGAGAAAUGCUCAAAAACAUUCUGUUUGCGACAUCGAUUUCCUGACGAUCAUAGAUGUCAAGGCUUCCAGCACCAAUCGCCAGCGAAACAGAAGAAACAAGAGGAUGAUGACUACAUGUUCGCUAAAGCAUUACAAGAAAGUGAACGACAAGAAUUGCAGAGAAUUCGUCGAAAUCAAACGACUUCAGCGGCAGCAACUGCGAAUACUAGCGCAUCUUCGACAGAUAAUAAAAGUUGUUGUGUUCAAUAA